AUGACGGCCAACACGAAAUUCACCAAAAGUGAAGCAAUCCCUCCAGAUGCUAAACACGACCCAAGCUCCCUCAAAGGCAAAAGCGUCAUCAUCACAGGCGGCGCCAGUGGCAUCGGAGAACAAUGCCUGCAAGCCUUUGUCAAAGCCGGAGCAUUUGUAACCUUUGGAGAUGUAGCAGAUGAUCUCGGAGAAGCCAUCGCAUCCUCUUUGGGCACCGAAAAGGUCGCAUUCGUUCACUACCAAUUGCACCUCUUCAAAACCGCCCUCUCCCACUCUCCCUCCAAUACGAUCGAUAUUGUCCUCGCCAACGCAGGCAUCAAUCGCUCAGACGACAUCACCCUCCAAACCGCCUCCCUCCCCAACGGCGACCCAGUCGAACCGGAUCUCUCCGUCCUGGACGUGAAUUUCACAGGCGUCAUGUAUACCACCAAACUAGCCCUCUACUAUUUUCCCCAACAACCUCAGGAUGAUGAAAAUCGAGAUCGCAGUAUCAUCAUCACGGGAAGCAUGGCGAGUUACAUGGAUCACGCACAAAGUCCCCAGUAUAAUGCCAGUAAAUUCGGUGUGAGAGGCUUGAUGCGGAGUUUGAGAAGGACGGGACCGGGGGAGGGGAUUCGAAUUAAUAUGAUUGCGCCUUGGUUCACAGACACACGCAUCAUGCAGGGCGCCAGACCACAGAUUGAAGCUCACGGGAUUGAAUUCGUGGAGAUUGAAGAUGUGGGCAAUGGGGUUUUGCAUUUGGCUUCGGACAAGUCUAUCAACGGUCGCGCGAUUUCCAUCGUACCCAAGAGCGUCUCCCAACGGGGAUACUUGGAUUUGGAAAAGGAUGAUCUGGUGGAAGAUGAUUUUUGGGGACUGGCGAGGACGGCGAGGACGGCAGAGAGGUCUGCGGAGUUGAAGGAAUGA